CUCUGCUAACUCGUUGGUCAGCAGGUGCCGGGAGCGACUCGGAAACCUCUUACCGGAGGGAGUGAGGAGGAGGACGGAAGGACGUGGGGUUUGGUUGGACGUGCCUUUGGAAGUCCGGAGCUUUGAGAUUGGAUCUCACAGUCCCCGCUCACCUACGGGGCAAUCCGUGGAAGCCACGCGGUUGAACUGUCACCGUAAAUCACUUACGGUCGUUUGUCACUUGCCCAAAUAGGCUUAUUGAGACGCAGUUUGAAAGAGGCGACGGCUCUGAGUUUCUGGCAUUCCCUUACUUGCUGUUUGUUUUUUUCGCUCAACCAGAUGGAUUAAGAUAUAUCGUUAACGCGUUGUGGGAGGCUGCAGGACGAAUCUCGCUCUUGCAUUUGGAGCAUCACCGGACACGCCCGGACCCCGUGUUUGGACUAAGUUCAAGGUUACUGCAUCAUUCUGGCCAAGAUCUCAAAUAAUGUUAUAUAAAGCCUAGUUUCUGGAAAAAAAACAGCCUUAUUUAUUCAUGGGAAUGUGAUACGAAUGUUUCAUCUCAUAAUUAUAAUCCGCGGGUUUAUGUUUUCCUCCACUGGAUAUUGUUUUGGGGCUGAAACAAUACAUUUUGACAGGGCGUCGUAGGCUACGUGGAUUGUUGGAUGCAUUUGUCCAGGUUGCUGUUCAAGGACAAAGUGGCGUGUCUGUAGCUGAAGUGAAGAGAGAGGGAGAUUUUUGUUAUUGUGCACAGAUGCCCAACAAAGAGACUCUGACCUUAUUACCGAGUAAAGGCUUUUCCAAUAUUAUCUACAUGGCUAUUCCCAUCGGUCUGUCAGCGUGCGCGUUCGCUUGCCCCGCGGCCGGUGGCUGCACCUGAAGCAUCUCUCCGUUCUCCGUCUGCCUCAGCUCUGCCAUUUCACUGCGCUGCCCACUCAGAGCAGGGGAGAGCACCCUCGGGCGCCUCCGUUUCACUCUCAGUACGAGCGGAUCUCGGUAAAAGGACAGGAGUGGAAAGUUAGAGAGGGACCGGUCGUCAAUCAUCAUCCGAGCAAACGGGGCGAGUCUCUCGACAAGAGGAGCCAGGAGUGAGACGGCUGAAACCGACACAGACGGAGCGAGGGAUGAGCCGAUGACUGGUGGCGAGGACUUCUAACGCCUGGCGGAUCCCUGUCCGACAGACGCGAGCCGCGCACGCUCGCACGCCCGCGCCCCCGCCAGAGAGAGAGAGAGAGGGCUGAGCCUAUGGCGGCCACAAAAGAUCUUCUCUCCCACCCCCUACGCGUCGCCAUGGAGACCCUCCUCCUGCUCCUCCUCCUCGUCCCGGCGGCCGCGGCGACGACCGACUCCAUGCUGUGUCCGAAGCGCUGCACGUGCCAGAACCUGCUGCCGUCCUACACCGUCCUCUGCGCCAAGACGGGCCUCCUGUUCGUCCCGCCCAACAUCGACCGGCAGACGGCCGAGCUGAGGCUGAUGGACAACUUCAUCACCACGCUGCGGCACCGCGACUUCGCCAAUAUGAGCAGCCUGAUCCACCUGACGCUGUCGCGCAACACCAUCAGCCAGAUCAUGCCCUACGCCUUCGCCGACCUGCAGGACCUGCACGCCCUGCACCUGGACGCCAACCGGCUCACUACCCUGGACGACUCGCACUUCCAGGGCCUGGUGAACCUGCGCCACCUGAUCCUGAGCAACAACCAGCUGCACAGCAUCUCCGAGGGCAGCUUCCAGGACUUCCUGGAGACUCUGGAGGACUUGGACCUGUCCUACAACAACCUUGUGAACAUCCCCUGGGACACCAUCGCCCUGCUGGCCUCCGUCAACACCCUCGGCCUGGACCACAACCUCAUCGAGUUUGUCCCCGAGGGCAUCUUCUCCAACCUGCACAAGCUCGCUCGUCUGGACAUGACCUCCAACAAGCUGAAGAAGAUACCUCCAGACCCACUGUUCCUCAGGAUCCCCGUCUACGCCAAGAUGAAGGGUUCUCCGCUCACCGCCCUGGUUCUGAGCUUCGGGGGGAACCCGCUCCACUGUAACUGUGAGCUGGUGUGGUUGAGGAGACUGACCCGCGAGGACGACCUGGAGACCUGCGCCUCGCCCCGAGAGCUGGCGGGGAAGUACUUCUGGACCAUCCGGGAGGAGGAGUUUGUGUGCGAGCCUCCCAUGAUCACCCGGCACACCUCCAAGAUGUUCGUGAUGGAGGGCCAGAAGGUCAGCCUGCGCUGCAAGUCCGUCGGUGACCCGGAACCUUCCAUCCACUGGGUGAGCCCGGAGAACAAGCUGAUCGGGAACACGUCGAGGACGCUCUGCUACGAGAACGGCUCCCUGGACAUCAUCACCUCCACCGUGAAGGACUCGGGGAAGUUCACGUGCAUCGCGUCCAACGCGGCCGGCGAGACCACGGCGCCGGUGGAGCUGGUGGUGAACCCCUCGCCGCACUUUGACCCCAAGAUGGAGCUUGACCCCGGGCCCUCGGACAUCCCCACCUCCAUCAAGUCCACCAACGCCAGCGGGGGCCACGCCCGGUCUGAUCAGCAGAGGGUCAGCGUGUCGGAGCUGACAUCUUCUUCCGCCACCAUCCGCUGGCCACCGCAGAACCACAUACCUGGGGUCCGCAUGUACCAGAUUCAGUACAACAGCUCUACGGAUGAUAUACUCAUAUACAGGAUGAUCCCGGCCUCCCACAAGCUCUUCCUGCUCAGCGACCUGGCCGCGUCGCGCGACUACGACCUGUGCGUGCUGGCCGUGUACGACGACGGCGUGACGGCCCUGACGGGCACGCGCUUGGUGGGCUGUGUGGCGUUCGCCACCGAGCGCGAGUACGGCCGCUGCCACUCCAUACGGGACCACUUCCUGGGCGGCACCAUGAUCAUCGUCAUCGGCGGCAUCAUCGUGGCCUCGGUCCUCGUCUUCAUCUUCAUCCUGCUGAUGAAGUACAAGCUGCACAGCAACCACUACAAGCAGAAGGCGGCCCGCGUCAGCAACGUGUGCUCCCAGACCAACGGGGGGCAGGCGGGGGGGGCCCCGGGGGCUCACCUGCCCCCCUCCUCCUCCACGGGGUUGGGCUCGGCCGGCGGCAAGCCCCCGCCGCCCCAGGACAGGGGGCAGGACGGGCCGGGAGGGGGGUGCGAGGGGGGGUUUGGCGGGGCGUUGAGAGGCACCACUGUGGUGGAUCUGAACCCCGAGUACGGGCGCACGGAGGACGACGCCACCUCACAAUAACACAGGACGGGCGACGCCCCGCUCCCCCCUGCCUCGCCGAGCAGGCUCUCCUGUC